AUUUAUAUCCCUGCUCCUACGCCUUCCUCUAAUUUAGCAAAUUAAUAUAACCAAUAAUCAUUUCAUCUGAUGUUAAUUCCAAAGAAAUAUUAAUCGCUGCCAGAACAGGUUCUAAAAUAGGUUGUUGCUAUCAUGGUAAGAUGUGUGGUCUAACACAGCAUCCGCCAAACAUGUGAGACCACAACUCCCACCAUCUCAGCUGGCUUUGCCAGCUGGGGCAAUGAAAGAUGGAGUCCAACACAUCGGAAGGCCUUGAUUCAGAUGAACUGAACCCAUGCCAUAGGAGAAAGGAGAGGAAAUAGUGCACCACCAGUAGUAUACUUCAGCUCUAUUUCUUUUGUGAAAAUAAGAAUGUGGAGUCAUCUGCUUCAUAAUGCAACCACCAGAGAAAAGGAGAACAAGGGGAUCACCAACAGAAUCACGAAGCCCUGCUCGUUUGCAAUCAGGCACUGAGCUGACCCUCUAUGAGUCUGUCCCUGCUGGGGUCCUGCCUCCGGAGCCCGUGCGGGGAUGUCUCGGAGACCCCGCGCUGACUGCUGCUCAAACAUCACGUUGACAUGGAUGAUGAAGAUGGCCGAUGCUUGUUAGAUGUAAUUUGUGAUCCGCAGGCCCUGAAUGAUUUUUUACAUGGAUCUGAAAAGAUUGACAGUGAUGAUCUCCUGGACAACACAGGAGAUGCAGCCAGUGCCUUCUUUGAGGGUGCUGGGCUGCACGUACAAGAAACCUCUGGCAAUCAUCUGAACACGGAGCAGAACCAGCCCACAACAAGUGUUGACCUAGACUUCUUAGAAGAUGACAUCCUGGGAUCACCUACAGGGGGUGGGGGCAACCUGCAGAACUCAGACCAGCCCUGUGACAUCCUCCAGCAGAGCCUCCAGGAGGCUAACAUCACUGAACAGACUCUGGAGGCAGAGGCAGAACUGGAUCUGGGGUCUUUUCAACUCCCGACUCUCCAGCCAGUGGUCCACACAGCCUCUGAUGGCACUCCGCAGAUCUUUUCUAGCGGAGCUGACCUUAUUGGACUGCAGCAGCCGGCCGUACUGACCCAUCAGGCGCUGGUGCAACAGUCAGUAGGGGCUGAUGUUGUGAACAAAGCCAUUAGCGUGCAACCUUUCCUCCAGCAAGUCGGCCUGGGGAAUGUCACCAUCCAGCCGAUUUCCAACCUGCAAGGAUUGCCCAACGGUAGUCCCAGCGGAGCUCUGGGUAUUGGGCAGAUUCAAGUGGUCGGCCAGCAAGUGAUGGCAAUCAACCAACCGACUCAGCAGAUCAUUGCUAAGCAAGUUCAGCCUUCCCAAGUGGCCACCAUGCCCGUUGGCAGUUACAUCACCCAGACAGCCCCUGAACAACAGCAGGUCACCCUUGCCUCCACUGGGGUAUCUCCGCAGAAUGCAGGCCUGGUUAUCCAGAAGAACCUCCCGGCAGUGGCUACAACAACCCUGAACGGAAGCUCCAUGUUUGGAAGUGUUUCGGCCACCCAGGGCAACCAGCCUCUCACAGUCACAUCCAACUUGAGCAGCCCACUGGUACAGGCCCAAAAUGUGAUCAUCCACCGGACACCCACGCCAAUUCAACCCAAACCUGCCGGAGUUGUCCAGCAGAAGUUGUACCAGAUCACCCCCAAACCAUUUGCCCCCAACAAUGCUACCCUGACUAUUCAGAAUGAGGGUGCCCUCCAACCCCAGAAAGCUCAGCAGAACUUAACCUUCAUGGCAGGCAAAGCUGGGCAAAAUGUGGUGCUCUCUGGCUUCCCACCGGGGCUGCCUGCCAACAUGUUCAAGCAGCCCCCACCACAGCAGCAGGCCCUUAGCAAGCCCAUGAGUGUCCACUUGCUGAACCAAGGCAGCAGCAUUGUUAUUCCAGCACAACAUGUCCCCCAGGCCAUGCUGCAGGGUCAAAACCAAUUCCUUCUUCCAGGACAGCUCACUGGCACUUCAGCCGUUCAAAUCCCCCCACACUUAUCAGCCUUGCAGGCUAACAUGGGCGGCCAGAUCUUAACCGCCUCUCAUCCGAGCGGUCAAACUCAUAUCAUCACCAGUCAGGGGCCCGGCGGCCAGCUAAUAACAAAUCAAGCACUGCCUGCUCAGAUUCUCACGAAUCAGAACUUGGCAAGCCAGCUCAACCUGGGGCAGGUGCUGACAUCGCAGAAUGCCCAUGGCACUGCCCACAUCCUUUCUGCCCCUAUCCAGAUCCAGCCUGGGCAGGUUGGCCAGCCCACUCUCUUUCAGAUGCCCGUCUCUUUAGCUGGUAGCCUGACAACUCAGAGCCAGUCCACUGUGGCAGCCUCCCUGGCCAGUGGCGCCAUUGGUCAAACCGGCCAGACUGUUAUUCAAGGAGUCACUCUGCCUAACCAAGUGGCUAUGUUAAACGCCACGGAGAACCUCAACCAAACUGUGACGAUCCAAGCACCUCCCAGUGCCAGCAGCCAGAGCCCUGGUCUCAUUCAGCCACAGCCAGCUUCCAAUACCAACCUGCUGCCAAGUGGCGACCAAGCCAACAUAUUAACCGUCCAGCCCGCUUCCCAGCCCUCUGCGCCUUCUCAGCUUCAGCUCAGUGUGCAGCAGCAAACUCCACCGCCUCAGCAACAACCAGCACCACUUCCUGCGACUUCCCAGCCCAGUCCUAACUUGGCGGCCUCAAGUCCUGAAAAGAUUAUCCUGGGCCAGGCAGCGGCUGGAACGGUCAUCUCCCAGGAUUCCAUGCAGAUGUUCCUCCAACAGAAGGAUCGGAGCCAGCAGCAGCAGCAACAGCAGCAGCAGCAGCAGCAGUUUUACUCACCAACCCUGAAAAUGCAGCAAGAGAGCAGUAUGAAUGACUCCACAGUACCUCCCCAUCUGUCCAUGCCUCUGCCCAUCUACAGCAUAGCCACCACUGCUCUCAGCACCACAAGCAGUGUCCCGGCCUCUGUGAUAGUCAGCAGCAGCAUAGGCUCAGCGCCUGCCAGCCGAGAGCUGAGCCAGAACCACAACGUGCCACCGGUGGAGUCCAAAGUACCUCAGUUCUCGGCCGGCCAUCCCCAGCAGGCACUGGCUUGCCAGUUGCCUUCGGGGCAGCAGAAACUUCCUGGAGCCUCGCCGUCCCAUUCACUACCUCAUCCUUCCAUGGGGGAGAGCCCCCAGCUCCAGUCCACCACGCACCUGUCCCAAAUGCAGUCUCCCCACCAAUCUCGCCCUCCGUCGCAGCCUCAACCACUUUCCCGGCCACCUUCCCGGCCUCACUCAAGACCGCCUUCGCAGCCGCAGACUUUAUCCAGGCCUCCUUCUGAGCCCCUGUCCCGGUCCUGCACCCCGCAGAUGCAGAUGCAGAACUUGUACGUGAUCCAGAAUCAGAUCGCUUCAUCCCCUCAUGGCCCCAGCCAGCAUCCCUUGCGGCCCCCCUCGCAGCCUCAGGUACCGUUCCAAGCACCACAAACUCAGCCGGAAGGGCAGCCUCAGCUGGCCACCCCUCCACACCUGCAGCUGCAGGUUCAGCUUGCCCCUCAGAUUCAGCCUCCGCCUGAGGCCCAAGGGCAGACUCGCUUGCAACCCCAAAUUCAGGCCCCGUCUGAGGUGCAGCAUACCCAUUCCCCUCAUUUCCAACUUCAGUUCUCUGCCCAAGGCCCCAUCAGACCUCCCACGCCCACCCAGACGCUUCAUCUCACCGCCGAACAACAGAGGAAUUUUCAGAUGGUUCCAAAUCAGUUUCAGGCUCUCUCUGCGAUUUCAGCUCCUAUACCUCAGCAAAAGCAGCUCUUGGACCGUUUUCAGCAGAUGCCCCAAGGGAUUAUCCUGCAGACGAAACAGCCAACUUCCACUAGCCAAGCACCACCUGUGCUGAGCCAGUUCAGCAGCCAGCCUUCCUCGGUCUUGGUUAGCAGCCAAGGGCAGCAGGUCACAGUGACAACAACUCAGGCACCACCUGCUCAUAGCCACGCCCCCAUGCCUGCUGCCGUUCAGCCUUCCAAUCCAGGUCUAACGAAGGUGGCGGCCGUGCUUGAAAAGGGCCAAGUGCAGAGAGGAACCGGAGGCGGGCAACCUGCACAGCCAGCAGGACUCCUCCAGCAACAGACACCUGUGUUGGUCAAAUCAGCAUCAGUGUCCGUUUCUGCUGCAGCUCCUGCAGACAUCAAAACAUUUUCCAGCAGUUCCACAACUAUUUCUGGAGGGAAAUCAGCCCCAGGGCAAGGAAAACCUGCUGUUUCUGUUGCUGUACAGCAGCCAGUUCAGACUAAGCCUGGAGUUAUUAGUUCUGUGUCAGGCCUGAAUCAUGGGAAAGGCCCACUGCAGCUCCAGGUAGUUGGAAAGAACUUGCCACAACUCAUACCCUCAACACCUUCCCAAAUCCAACAGCAGCAGUAUGACAGCAAACUUGGAAGUCUGAAAAAGCCACCUCCUAUGUUACAGCCCAGUAAAGAAGCCUGUUUCUUGGAACAGCUACAUAAACACCAGGGAACUGUGCUGCAUCCUGAUUACAAAACCUCCUUUCGGUCUUUUGAAGAUGCUCUGCAGAGGCUCUUGCCAUACCAUGUCUACCAGGGAACGCUGCCUUCUCCCCAUGACUAUCGGAAGGUAGAUGAAGAGUUUGAAAUGGUGUCCACACAGUUGUUGAAACGUACACAAGCCAUGCUGAACAAAUACCGCCUAUUACUCUUAGAGGAAUCCCGGAGAGUCAGUCCUUCAGCAGAGAUGGUGAUGAUCGACAGGAUGUUCAUACAGGAGGAAAAGACCACCUUAGCUCUUGAUAAACAGUUGGCAAAGGAGAAGCCAGAUGAAUAUGUCUCUUCAUCUUCACGGUCGCAGAGUUUUGUUUCUUCUCUGGCUCAGGGCUCCCAGCCCAGCAACGUUAGUUUGGCCUCCGAGAACAUGAAGUCGCCUCCAGUGCAGAUGGCAACCCAGAUCAACCCCACAAAACUGGUGAUCAAGCACAGUGGAGGCUCUCCCUCUGUCACAUGGGCCAAGGCCUCUCCUUCACUGGAUGGCGACGAGGAUGCCUUGCCUUCCAGAAGCAAGCCACCCAUCAAAACCUACGAAGCCCGGAGCCGGAUUGGGCUGAAACUAAAGAUCAAACAGGAGGCAGGACUCAGCAAAGUAGUUCACAACACUGCCUUGGACCCGGUUCACCAGACACCUCCACCCGUCUGCACUGUAAUCAAGACGGCUGAGCAGCACUCUACUGCUUCUGCUGCGGCUGCCACUACCACCACCACCACGGCCAUCUCAAUGGCAGGGCAAAUGAAUGGGACAGUUGAUCACGUGGCUGCAGCGCCAAUGGAGAAGAAGCCUAUUGUGACCUACUGCAGGCUUCCUCUUCGUAAAACAUACCGGGAGAACGUGGAUGCUUUUGUAGCAGAUAAAGCCCCUGAGACCUGCUCAAAAGGAAGCACCCCGAAAGCAGAUACGGUGCCAAGCACCCUCAUCAUCAAGCAGGAUGGUGGGUCUAGGAGUGUCAUCACCUCCCACAAAACUCACGAGAGUCCCUCUGUGGCUGAGAAGGGCAGGUCAGAGGAGAACACCAAGCAUACGUUUUUCAGUCGAAGUGAUGCUCGUUCCCUAGUGAUGCAAGAAAGCCCUGCCCCUCCCAAGACCGAUGAUUCAACCAGUGGCCUUAUGAAGGAAUUAGAAGAGGUUGAGGAUGAGUUUUAUCAGCGGAUGAUAAAGACCGAGCCACCUGACCACGGUUCUGCCUCUGAACUCGCAUGGGAGGUGCCCCUUCCCCCAGCCAAACGUAGAAAGUCAGAAUCUUUCGACGUGGACAAUGCCAGCUUCUCCAGCGAUAGCCCCCCUGAUGACUCACUUAAUGAGCAUUUACAGAGCGCCAUUGACAGCAUCCUGAAUUUACAGCAACCUCAGGCUGGGGGCCAGAACACCCGAACACCCUCCUCUUCCUACAACUCCUCCUCCUCCCCUUUCUCCUCACCUGUCCACCGCACAGACACGUACCUUGCCCCCAAUCACAAUGGCGGCCUUGGAGCAAGGACGUUGAACAGAUAACAGAAAUCGACAGCAAGUAGAAACUGUACAAAGAGAGCCACGGAUUGAAGCUGCUGCAGCUUCUGCUGGCUAGGAAACGGUUGGAAGCCAAGGUGUUACUUCCUAGAGACCCAACAGAAAUGGGGCUGAUACCAGACGGGAAGAGCGCGGGCCUGGGGUGGGGAGGGCAACGAGAAUGUCCGACAAAAGGCUUUGUCCAUCCAAGCGUUGAUGUGAUGGGUUUUGGUUGUUGUAAAAGUACAACCUGAGGCUGGAUUUACAAUACACUCGUCUGAUCACAUGCACCAUUAAAGAAAAGUCCAGUGAACGCCAGACAGGCAGGUGGGGAGGGGGUUGGAUUGUGGGCCCAUAGGUAGUGUUGGCUGUGUAAUAUUUAGAUUCUGUAACAAAUUGCUAAUUUGAAUCUCUGAAUGAUGAUGAUUGGGUUUAUUUCCCCCUCCCUCCCUCCCCCACUCCGCUAUUUUAUUUAGGACAUUUUAAAUAAAUCCCGAGUCCGAAACCAGCAGGGAGGCCAAAGGACUGGAGCAGGGGCAGGAGCACAACUCCUCUGUAGUUACCACAUGGGGCGAUUAUGUAACUGAUUUUUUCAGGUUUUUUAAGUUAUUUUAAGUAUAAACUGCCUUUUUUUUGACAAAAAUACAUUAUGAACAAAAUGCAAAAAAAGAAAAAGAAGAAAUGAUAUAAACACUAAUGCUGAAAAACAAAUAAGCAGGAAUGAGUUUACAAAUCAACAAGUUUCAGAGAAGAAACCAGGCCCUUUUAGGAGACAAAAGCAUUUGGUUAACACAACCGUGUUGAGUGGAGCAAGGAAAGUAUUAGCAAAAGGGGUGUAUAUUUCUCUUCUUCCCCCCACCCACUAUUUUUUAAACAAAACCAACUCUGGUUAAGCUUUUGAUAAGAGCAGGAUCCAAAAGAAAUCUAUUCACGUUCAAUAUCCACAUGUUUGGGCACAGGUGCCUUAGAACCCUGGGGAAGCCAAGGAGGAAGUCAUUUCUAUAUUUUUUUGUGCUUUUUCAUCCUUUGCUGCAGCAGCUAAUGUUGGUAGAUGGCAGCCGCGACUUCAUUUAUUUUCAUCAUUCUCUCCCAUUUUUAAAACGAUGGCUUUGUACCUCUCCUCUCAUACAAUUAUUUGCACAAGACAGAAGUUCUGGAAUGGGAAGGGGUGUCCUUUGUAGCCAACUGGAGUAGACGCAAACGGCCAUGUUGAGUUGAAUCCAGACCCGAUGGAGUCACGUCUAAUGUCUUGACACUGAGUGUGACUAGUAUAGUCUGGACAAGAGCUUGAAACAUGACUUUUUAGACUGUAACUGCCACAAUCUCCUCACCAGCACUGUCCUCUGGCUAGGAGAUAUAGCGCCAGAAAAGUCAUGUUUCUGACUUCUGAUCUAAAUUCAGUCUUGUGUCUUCUCCAGAGCCUGUUUGCACACCUCUGGUAUUCCCCAGAAUCAAUCUGCGCUUGCAGUUCCCGUUGUACCUGUUUGGACUUUAUUUAUUCCAGUUUCCUAUCUUAUUUUUUUCUGUUUGUAGUUCUCUUUUUGUCUUCUGCUGCUUUUUGCCAUUGAGGCCUGAGAAAUCUAUUGGCCAGAAUCUUGUGGGCGUUUGAAUAAGACGUGUGUGACUUUCUGCAACUAAUUGUGGCUAACUGACAAGAUACAGAGGCAGGUGUCAGUUGUGUGCCUGGUCAUACGUUCUAUUACAAAAUUGAAAUGUGGCCGGGCACCUUGUCAGUUAGCUGCGAUUAGCCAUAGCAAGGUAUGCAAACCUCAUUUGAGCACCCAUGCGAUUCCAGCCAAUGGGGCAGAAUCAGCAGGAUAGAAUUUGAGUUCCAUUGGUAAGUUUGCCAUGUUUGUCAGUGAGUGGGGUAUUUUCUUCCUUGGUAGAAAGAAAAGAAGCUUGUGAAUUUGCAAACAGCAGGGGACCAGGCUGCUUCGAGAUUCUUGGUCUACCUUUGUCUUGAUUCAUAGAAAAUUAGAGGAAAAUCCUUAAGUUAAAAUUUCUACAUAAGUGUGGUUUCAGAUGAUGUGCGUGUGAGAGCCCAACAGUAUGGUGGAUGGCAGUAUUUAGUUAACAGUAGCUUGCAAAACUGAGAAUUAGGAAAUGAGAGGCUUACAUGGGGAGAGUGGGCAGCCAACUAGCAGUAUGAGCUGUGCCUCCAUCAUCCCUAAUCUUCCACUCUUCUACAAAUAAGAGGUUCCCUGUGAAAAAAGCAUUGGCAUCAACAGGCGCCCAGUAACAAAACCUAAAAUCCCCUUUGGGGCCUUGCAUUUGACUUGCAGAUAAAAAACUUAUAAUUCGGUCUGCAAUGUGGAAGAAACUGUGGCACCUCUAGUUCUGUCACAUGCAAGAAUCUUCAUGUUGUGCUCCUUUCCUCUCCUGCUUCUAGCUCCUUCAUCUCUGCAAGACACUGCUUUGCUGCCUUCUCAGAUCUCUGGAAGUGCCAUCUCUUUUCUUGCUCUCUCUCUCUCUCUCUCAUGUGUUAUAAAUUUUUUCCAUUGUCACUUACUUGGUAGGCUGGAGACUGUUCUACCUAGUCUCCAGCCUAAUUGCUAAAUUAGGGAAAGUAUGACCUGCCAUUUUCAGUGUCAUCUUUUAGCCAUCUAAAGCCUUCAAAGAGAGGCAGGAGCCUCUUCUCUUCUUCCACAGUUGGAUUGUGUGAGGAGCAAAAGACAGAACAACGAAGACGAUGCUUUAUUAGCAGGUCGUCGUCUUCUGGUAGAAUAAUGUGCAAGUUUGAGUUAGCACAGAAGUCUUCAGUAAGCCAGUUGGAAAUGUUCCAUGUUU